AUGAUGGCUUUUGAAAACUCUGGCAAAAGGCCUGCGCAAGAUGUUGUGGUUAGUGCAAUGGAAUCCAAAAAGCGCAAGGUGGAGUUUUCCGAUAAGAUUACAAUGCAUACUGGGGACGAUGACCACGAUGAUGCGAAUAUUUCAACCGAAAUGUAUAAGAGAUUUGUCAAAUCUGCAUUGGACGAGUUAGAGAAAAACUCCAACACUCAAGUGGGAUUGAUAGCUAGUCAGGUUGCUCUUCCGAGAAAGAGUGAAGAUCAUGUCAGUCUGGCCAACCUCGAUGUUCUGCUGGACGUGCUCUCCGAUAACAUCAGCAGGAUUGAGACGUCUCGUGCAUCUCCGUUGAUACAAUCUAUCGUCCACUUGGAAAAAUGGUGGGAGCUACCGUCGCAAACUCUAGGUAAAUAUAUAUUUUUCAUUAGAGUCCUGUGCUCGAGUAUACCUAAAUGGUGGCAAGACGUGUCAAUGGUUCUGAUAUCGGGGUUCCACUUGCCACUUGAGAUGACAGUCAGUCAUCAUGACAUGCUGCGGUAUUUCUUAAAGAUGAUUCCCUCAUCUAUGGGGUUCAUUGAUAUAUACAUGCCCAAGUUCUUCCCUAGCAACAAUGAUUCCUGUAAAAAUUUGGUCAAUUAUGUUGCUAAUCUGCUGAAAUUUACCAGUUAUUGCAAGGAAUUGCAGUUCCAGGCCUGGUCCCUAAUCAUUGAAAGGGUUAUUUCCUUGGACGUCGAGCUACAAAAUGAAUUGGAUGAACUGGAUGAUGACAUUGAGGAUGAAGAUUUAGAUCUGGCGGACGACGAAGAAGCUGGGGACGACGAAGAGGAUGACGAAGAAGCAGUGGAUGUAGAAACUCGAGAUGAUGAUAAGGAAGAUGACGUCGGGGAGGAUGGUGAGAUUGAGGGAGAAGAAGAGUACAAUGUACAGGCCACUCAGAAUAUUAAGGAUUUCUCGAAAAAACUGGACGCCAUUUUAACCAUGGUGACAGAAUGUUUGAGGGAAAAGGUAACGCCUGAAAGUCUGAAAUCCGGCGAAGGCGUCUCAGUCUUCAACACUAUCACAACUCUAUUCAAGACCCACGUUUUGCCCACAUAUUUCACAAGAUCAGUUCAAUACAUAAUGUUCCACAUUUCGCAGCACCAAAUCGAGCUCAUGGAUUCGUUUCUGGUCACCCUUAUCGACAUAUCUUUCUCACCCACAGAAACAGCAGAGACAAGGAUCAAAUCAUUGCAAUAUCUGGGGUCUUUCAUUGCGCGGGCUAAGAAACUCUCACGUACUCAAAUCAUAUUUGUGGCGAGCUACCUGGCAUCGUGGUUGAAUCGUUACGUGCUAGAAAGAGAGGAAGAAGUAGAUCAGCCAGGUGGCAUGGACAGAUUCAAGCAUUUUUAUGGCGCUUUCCAAGCCCUAUGUUACAUUUUCUGCUUUAGACAUACUCUCUUUAGAGAUGCUGACGGCAACUGGGAAUGCGAACUGGACAAAUUUUUCCAAAGAAUGGUCAUAUCCAAGUUCAACCCACUCAAAUAUUGUAACGAGAAUGUUAUGCUAAUGUUUGCACGCAUUUCCCAGCAUGAGGAUCUGGCCUACUGCUUCAGCAUCAUCGAAAAUAAUAACAAUCAGCGGCUGAGGGGCAUUAUUGGCAGAGGCGACAAAGAGCAAAAGGGCAGCGUGUAUUCUUCAGCUGCAAGUACCUGGUCUUUGGCAACGAGGCAACAAUUUAUAGAUUUGCAAAGCUACUUCCCCUACGAUCCGCUAAUUCUGGAGCGCUCCAAAGAGAUAAUGAAAGAGUUCUACAUCGAGUGGAGCGAAGUCAGUGGAGAAUACGAAAGUGACGGUCUUGAAGACUAG